AUAUAAGCCCGUGUCCCCUGCCACACAGCCAUCAGUCGGCGCAGCGCAGCCCAGGCGAGCGGUUACCCCACUUUCACUUGACUUUGAGCUAGCAGCAAACUCGGCCAGAACGCAAUGGACCACGACAGACUGUACAGGCCCACCGUCACCUAUCAUCUGUUCCUGUACCGGGCCGAGCUGGCGCGUCGCAAUGCCCGCCAGCUGAGGCUGUCCCGCACCAAGAUCGAGAUCACCGACGAGCUCAUCUCGAAGACGGUCCGCAAUCUGAAGACCUGCAGCAUGGAUGACCUCAAGGCGGUCAAUCGAGAGCUGCUGUUCAAGCGGAAACUUCGCCACAAUGUCUCCAAAAUGAGCAAAGAGGCCAAGCGGCAGAGACAGCAGCAGCAGCACAGUCCACAGUCCGCGGGGCAACAUUAGAAAUAGAAGCCAUUCCAUCCACUCGAUUGAUUUAUUGUAUAUAUAUGUAUGUG